AUGGAUAAUCGCCCCACGGCUCAGCACCACCGCACACACCUUCAUGUCGGCCGACACAUUGUUGAUGGCCAGCAUACAACGCAGCAAGUCCGCGUAGUCUUUGAACGUCUCCUGGUCACGUUGUUGUGCGUGGCAGGUCUGCUAGUUGUGGCAAAGGAUUGGCCGGUAAAGCCUGCCCUGUGGACGGCCCUGCAGGCAAAGAUGCUGCGGAUAGCCAUCAUCAAUCCCCACCGCGGGAAACGGGACCCUCCUGCAGGCCUCUCUGGGGCUCUGUGGGAGGGAGGCAAGGGGCAGUACGCAACGGAGCCGCUUGAUGGGUUCUGCGGAUUCGCCGGACCCGUCGUAGGAGACCUUGGCGACGUAACCAGAGUCACCACUCACGUAGUAUUCGACAGUCUGGAGACGACCGUCGGGCAAUUUGACGAAGUAUUUGCCAUUGGUUUGAUCGCCAUUUCGUCGUUCAGCAUGGCCGAAUUCAGCACUGUCACCUUCGGCGGAUCCGGAUCCGUAUCCCUUGCCACCUUCAGCACGGAUUCGCGAGUAAUUGAAAACAGAGUGGAAGGCGGGUUGAAUAGGCCCGAAAGGAUGAGUACCACAACCCGAAAGCAAGCUGGCAGAUUACUGCGACAUCUAAGAAAACGUGUAGUAACCAUUUUCAAGACGUUUCAGAUCUUAGGCGUAGAUAAGACUUCCAAGGUAUCUUUGGAGAAUCGACUCGUUUUCCUCGCGGGUUUCAUUUCUUCAUUGAUCAACGACCAGCUGAUGUUGUUUAUCGAUGUUCAUAUGGUCACAUUUUUAGUUGUAGCGCUUGAUGGGUUCUGCGGAUUCGCCGGACCCGUCGUAGGAGACCUUGGCGACGUAACCAGAGUCACCACUCACGUAGUAUUCGACAGUCUGGAGACGACCGUCGGGCAAUUCGACGAAGUAUUUGCCAGUGGUUUUGUCGCCAUUUCGUUGUUCAGCAUGGCCGAAUUCAGCACUGUCACCUUCGGCGGAUCCGGAUCCGUAUCCCUUGCCACCUUCAGCACGGGCUCGACCGUGGUUGCCAUGAUCGUGUCCUAUGCUACCAUUGCCCUCUUGCUGGAGUCAAAUUCGGGACAACCUUGGCUCAAUAACGCACAAUUUGACAAUGUGGAUGAUGUCGGCCGAGAACUCUCAGAUGAGGUAGGCGACGGGGUUCCAAGUUUACUUCCGUUCAAAAGGGAUCGUCCUGUCGUUCGAUUGGGUGCAGGAAGGCACCCAAACCAUGCUCCACAGAAGGCUCAAGUGUCAAGCUUCCCGAUUUGGAUGAUGGCAUUCGCCUUCAUUUCCCAGACGACAGUGUAUGGAGAUGAGACUUCUUUCAACGCGAGCCUUGCUGCAGAAUUAGCAACGACUCACUUGAAGAUGAUCCAGAUGAGAGUGAAAAAUCUGGUUACUCCAUUUCUUCUGAUUCAAAAGCCGGCAGUCCUGUUUCGAGACCUUGGCGACGUAACCGGAGUCACCACUCACGUAGUAUUCGACAGUCUGGAGACGACCGUCGGGCAAUUCGACGAAGUAUUUGCCAGUGGUCUUGUCGCCAUUUCGUUGUUCAGCGUGGCCGAAUUCAGCACUGUCGCCUUCUGCGGAUCCGGAUCCAGAUCCGUAACCCUUGUGGCCACCCUCUGCACGGGCUCGCAAAUCAACAUCGCUGCCCCAAGUCGACUGAGCGGCCUGGGCAGCAUCCUCUGGAACCGCUGCAUUGGUCUCAGUGGUGAGUGCAUCAUAAGCUGUCAGACCUCUGCUGCGUCGGGCAAUUCGACAAAGUAUUUGCCAUUGGUUUGGUCGCCAUUUCGUUGUUCAGCGUGGCCAAAUUCAGCGCUGUCGCCUUCUGCGGAUGGCCUGGGUCUAGGCAUUGGGAACACCGGUGGGAGACGUGCCUGA